UGCACGGAACUUCACGAAGGGUACACACUCUGGUAACGUUAAUGCUAGCAAGUGGUGUAGCUAGCCUCGCCGGUUCUUGCUAACAAUAGUUCUCCUUGCGUUUCUCACCAGUUUACCGUCACUGUAAUUCAUUUAACUGCUUAAGAGCUGCUUGACAGUGACGGUGCCGUCUACGUGCUACAUCCAUGCAGCCGAGGUGCUAAAAAUGAGAGGAGGAGUGUGUGUGGUGUGACUCAGCUCUUGGUUAGCCAUGGAGAAGCCCUGGAGGCUGUGGGCGGGAAUAGAGCGUUGUACCCUGACUCUGGCCUCCUGGUCCUGGGGUGCUUGUCGAGUCUCCCUGUUGGCCCUCAUCCUCACCUUCCACCUGUAUGGGGGAUUUUUUCUCCUCGCACUGAUCCUAGCCUCUGUGGCGGGCAUUCUCUACAAAUUCCAGGAUGUGCUCCUCUACUUCCCAGACCAGCCCCCCUCCUCUCGCCUUUACGUCCCCAUGCCAACAGGAAUCCCUCAUGAGAAUGUAUACAUUCGCACCAAGGACGGCGUGAAGCUCAACCUCAUCCUGCUUCGCUACACGGGAGGCGACGGGCCUCCUGGAGUCAGCCCCGGCAAUCAAAGCAGCCCCACUUCCUCUGCUCCACCCACCAUCCUUUACUUCCACGGUAAUGCGGGUAACAUUGGUCACAGGGUGCCAAACGCCCUGCUCAUGCUGGUCAAUCUGAAAGCCAACGUGGUGCUGGUGGACUACCGUGGCUAUGGAAAGAGUGAGGGCGAGCCCAGCGAGGACGGACUGCACCUGGAUGCCGAGGCCACGCUGGACUAUGUCAUGACCCGUCCUGAUCUGGACAAGACGAAGGUGGUACUGUUUGGCCGCUCUUUGGGGGGUGCCGUGGCUGUGCGCUUGGCGUCGGUCAACCCUCACCGCGUGGCAGCCAUUAUUGUUGAAAACACCUUCCUCAGCAUCCCCCACAUGGCAGCUACACUCUUCUCCUUCCUGCCCAUGCGCCUGCUGCCCUUGUGGUGUUAUAGGAAUCAGUUCCUGUCCUAUCGACAGGUGGCGCUGUGCCGCAUGCCGUCGCUGUUUGUCUCUGGUCUGUCGGACCAGCUCAUCCCACCCGUCAUGAUGAAACAACUAUACGAGCUGUCUCCUGCGCGGACUAAACGUCUUGCCAUCUUUCAGGAGGGCACACACAAUGACACUUGGCAGUGUCAGGGCUACUUUGCUGCUCUGGAGCAGUUCACGAAAGACCUGCUGAAGAGCCACGCCCACGAGGAGAGUGCUCAGCCGUCCUCUAGUGUCACCAUCAUCUGAAAUAAACAGCCGGGGACUGACUGGUCGUGAGCUGGAGGAAGUGACUGCUGUCGAAGGCUUGAUUGGAUGGACUUAAUUGAUUUCUGGAAAGAAUGUACUUUUUUUUUUUUUUUUUUUAAUGCUUUGGUCUGGGUUUCUAUUUUAUUUCACUCUUUCUACCUUUUCACUUUAUGUAAAUGUAUAUUUGUUAACAUGAUUUGACUAUUUCAAAGGUUUUAAACGAGGGCAACAAUUCCCUCAUGGCUUCUUUUGUGUUGCAGCUAUGAAUGCAUGAAUUUCUGACCUUAAUCGAAUGAAGCCAGAGCACACACGCCCAUACUGCAAGACAUGUCACAACCGCAGAAGACUUGCUGUAAUGGGUCUUAUGAAAUGUUUUAGCAUCACUGAAGCAUUUGCUCACAGUAUAAUGACCAUAUGAGCCCCUACAAUGUUUCAGUGAAAAGUGAUUGCAACUGGAAUAAAAAAAAAAAAUACACUUCUUCUGGGAACCAAAAUGAGACACUGAUAAUAUGUAGGCCUGUACUGUAUGUAUCUUUGUUAAUUCAUAACAUUGCACUUUUUGUGUUCCGAUUUACCAGAGUAGGCUGACAUCUUCUGAGCAAUACUUUGAGGAGCAUUGGGAUGUUUGUUUUAUGUCCGAAACUGGUGAGGAUCAUCGUUGCAGUAGCUUGGCAUGACAUGAUAUUGUAGUGAUUAAAAUAUAUAUAUUUAUUUUUUUUUUUAUUUUUUUUUUUUCUCCCCGUUACUGGCCUGUUAAAAUACAACAAGCAUGCAGGAUAGCUCUUACUGUUGAAUGGACUUAAGUUGCUAUUUGGUGACUUUGGCUCCUGUAGUUUGGUAAGGAGCGUUUACUCAGUGUGUGGUUUUGUUAAUAAAUGAUGGGUGCAGUUUUA